AUGGGUGAGCCCUCGCCGGAACGCGAGGCCCGAAGGGAAGCAGAUAGAUCGGGAAUCCUUGAAGACGAUCCAAUCGGUUCGUGGACGGGGUCCUUAUCUGCUGUUCUCGCACGAGCAGGAGGUGGUCCACCGGCAGGAGCUUCUUGGCCCGGCGUGGGUCAUGGCGUCCCCCCGGCCGGUGGAUCUUGGCCAGGCGCAGCAGCUCGCCCGCCCCCGGAUGGCGGCUGCUGGCCCGGCGCGGCCGCAUCCGCGCCCCCGGCCGGCGUUGGCUGGUCCGGCGUUGGAUGGCCCAGCUCGUCCUCUGGCGCGCCCCCAUCCUCUGGCGCCGGCUGGCCAGGCUCAUCCUCUGGCGUGCCCCUGGUCGGAGUUGGCUGGCCCAGCUCGUCCUCUGGCGCGCCCCUGUCUGCUGGCACGUCGUCUGCGGGCGACAGCCUUGGUUGGCAGCAAUGGAAUGCUACAACGACUGCUCUUUUCGGUCCUGAUUGGAGGGAGACAAGGACGCCUGAACGAGUCGAAGAUGACUGCGUCGAAAUAGUGGGCUCUGGUGCUCCUAGCCGUGGUGGCCGAGGUGGUCGAGGUGGACGCUCACAAAAGCCUCCUGCUGUUCCUGCUGCCCCCCACCCGACACUGUCGAUCUCACCGACUCAAGUUCAUGAUGGUGAUUUGAGCUUAGAUGCCAUGUUAUGCUUUGUGAUAAUGUAUAGUGAUCAUGGUCCAAGUUUUGUUCGCAACAGCGAGGCCGAUUGGUGGGAUGAAAAUACUAGGAUAGUUUGUGAGAUUUUUGCUGAUGAAGUACAAAAGGGAAAUCGGGCAAACACUCACUUGAAUAAGGCUGGGUACAAGAAUGUCAUUCAGAGAUCACAGUCUGGUACUGAGACGGAUGAUACGGAUGAUAGUGAUUCGGAUGAAUGGAUUUCAAAUACUAUGCAAUUGUUGCGGUCUAACCAAAACAAUUUGGUUGCCUGUGCAAUUCUAGCAGUCCAGUACUACAUGACGUAUCUUGAUAAGAAUGAGGCGAGAGCUCCAGCAUAG